GGCGGGACGGGCCCGGCCGCCGAGCCCGACAAGAGCCCCGCGCACUUCCCCGUGCACGAGUGCGUCUUCAAGGGCGACGUGAGGCGCCUGUCGGCCCUCAUCCGCACGCAGGGCAUCGGCCAGAAGGACAGUCACGGAAACACUCCUUUACAUCUUGCUGUGAUGUUGGGCCAUAAAGAGUGUGCCCACUUACUUUUAGCCCAUAAUGCUCCAGUAAAGGUGAAAAAUGCUCAGGGAUGGAGCCCUCUUGCAGAAGCCAUCAGCUAUGGAGACAGACAAAUGAUUACUGCACUCCUAAGGAAGCUUAAGCAGCAGUCCAGGGAAAGCGUUGAAGAAAAGCGACCUCGAUUAUUAAAAGCCCUAAAAGAGCUAGGUGACUUCUAUCUAGAGCUUCACUGGGAUUUUCAAAGUUGGGUGCCUUUACUCUCCCGAAUUCUGCCUUCUGAUGCAUGUAAAAUACACAAGCAAGGUAUAAAUAUCAGGCUGGACACAACUCUCAUCGACUUUACCGACAUGAAGUGCCAACGAGGGGAUUUAAGCUUCAUUUUUAACGGUGACGCAGCACCCUCUGAAUCUUUUGUAGUUUUAGACAAUGAGCAAAAAGUUUACCAGCGAAUACAUCAUGAGGAAUCGGAGAUGGAAACAGAAGAGGAGGUUGACAUUUUAAUGAGCAGUGAUAUUUACUCAGCAACGUUAUCAACCAAAUCAAUUACCUUCACGCGUGCCCAGACGGGAUGGCUUUUUCGAGAAGACAAAACAGAAAGAGUAGGGAACUUCUUGGCAGAUUUCUACCUGGUUAAUGGACUUGUAUUAGAAUCAAGGAAAAGAAGGGAACAUCUCAGUGAGGAGGAUAUUCUUCGAAAUAAAGCUAUCAUGGAGAGUCUGAGUAAAGGUGGCAAUUUAAUGGAACAAAAUUUUGAGCCUGUGAGACGACAGUCACUUACUCCACCAUCACCCAAUACAAUUACAUGGGAAGAGUAUAUAUCUGCUGAAAAUGGAAAAGCUCCUCAUCUGGGUAGAGAGCUGGUCUGCAAAGAAAGCAAGAAAACCUUUAAAGCCACGAUAGCAAUGAGCCAGGAAUUUCCUUUAGGAAUUGAAUCGUUAUUGAAUGUUUUAGAAGUAAUUGCACCCUUCAAGCACUUUAACAAACUUAGAGAAUUUGUUCAAAUGAAGCUUCCACCAGGCUUUCCUGUAAAGUUAGAUAUUCCGGUAUUCCCCACCAUCACAGCCACUGUGACUUUUCAGGAGUUUCGUUACGACGAGUUUGAUGAAUCCAUCUUCACUAUUCCUGAUGACUACAAGGAGGACCCCAGCCAUUUUCCUGAUCUCUAAUUAAACUGGAAGGUUAAUGGUGACUAACAAUACCAGCGUAUCACAGUGAAAGCAAAUGGAUGCAAAGAGCCCACAGGUAUUAUAGGUAUGGGAGUGGGUCAUACAGGAAGGGACAAACUUAAAUAACCCAGAAGAAAAGGGAACAUGCAUCAAAUGACUGGUGUACUGGUGUUCACUAUAAUGGGCAUCCUAAUCUAGGCCCUGAUUUACAGCAAGUCUCCUGACGUGUCGUUCACACUUUUGUACAUCCCGUGCUGCAAGCGUGGUAGUCUGACACUUCGGUGACCCUAAAAAUAUUUAAUAGCUGUGAGGACUAUCAUUCAUUUUUAAAUUUUUUACAUUUCUUCUUGGUGAUACUGAAAGCACUCUUGGACCAUUAGCAUAAAAAUUGAAAUGUCUUAGCUGGAUAUUAAUCCUUUAAAACAUCACACUGUAUUUAAGAUGACCAUGUCAUAUUCUUUCAUGCUUUGUUUUCAUGAAUUGUAAACUAUGUAUCAUUAUGUAUAGUUCAGUAAUUUGAAUGUUAGUUGAACAUAUAUUAGAAGGAAUGCAUUUCCUGUAGGUGAAUGAACCAAAUGGCAACCAUUAAACAAUUGCGUUUUCAUAUUGCAGUACACAUCAGAAAGGGCAUUCACUCUGCAGGGAAUUAGGUACCACCUUAGCACCUGAGUGCAGGCCGUUGUGGUGCUAUCCGUGUCUCUGGACUGGUGAUUUCUUCCC